ACUACUCUUCCCAGGAGGCAAAAGAGCCGGGCGCAUGCGCGCUUCUCACCUCAAGCAUGGCUACGGUGCUGUCACGGGCGCUGAAGCUGCCAGGCAAAAAGAGCCCAGACCUUGGGGAAUAUGACCCCCUCACCCAGGCUGACAGUGACGAGAGUGAAGAUGACCUGGUGCUCAACUUGCAGAAGAAUGGUGGAGUCAAAAACGGGAAGAGUCCGCUGGGGGAGGUGCAGGAUGUGGACUCGGAUGUGGAGGUUGGGAUGACGAAGCAGCACCUGUCCGAGGGGAUGUCAGAGGACUAUCCAAGCGAGAACAUCAGUAGUCUGGAGCAGAAGACGGCCAACUCCUUGAUGCCUUACUUGCGCACGGCAAUCUUUCUGCUCACUGUAGUUGUCUCCAUGAUCCUUGUGCUAGUGUGUGCGUUUCUCAUUCCUUGCCCUCCAAGAGACUUGCAUAAUACUUGGAUUCGCAACUUGGGUCAAGAGGCAGGUGGAGUGCUGUUUCCACCAGAACUUUUUGACGUAAAUGGUGAUGGUCUUCCCGACAUCCUGCUCUCCUUCACAGCUCUAAAAAAUGCUAGCGUGUUGGGUGUCUCCAAGCCAUGGGUCACUGUGAUGGCCCUUUCGGGGAUGAACGGCAGCACGCUGUGGUCCAGUCAUGUUAAAGAGGAGAUUCGGAGUGUGCAAUGUAAGGAUUUGGACCUUGUGUCCUCAGCAGAGCCGGUCUGCCUCAUCACAGGGACUUCAAAAUUCCUCAGCCUUCUGAGUGCUUCCUCAGGGAAACCCAUUUGGACACUAGACUCAUCCCACCUGCCCAGCGGAACCCUGGCUGCUCCAGCUGUUCCUGUACCAGAUGUGGAUGGAGAUAGGGUUGGCGAUUUGGUGGUCCUGGCCAUUGGAGAAACGCAGCCGGACUUGUGCUUCAUCCUGGUGUCAGGCAAAACGGGAAGCCCCGUGGGAGGGCCUGUGAAGUUUAGCACCAAUGGAAAUGGAAAGCUGAUUGGCCCUCAAGCUCACAUCACCAGCCAUGGAGCAAUCUACAUCCUGUUUGGCUUUGGCAAUGUCCAAGCAGUCGCUCUGAGGGAUAUAUUUGCUAAGGCCAGAAACCGCGACACCUUCCCACCAGUCCUGCAGCGAGGAGAGCUAGAGUGGGAGAAACGCCGAUCGCUCAAUUUGUCAGAGGUCAUUGACAUUUACAGUGGUGGUGUUGAGUUCCUGCAGGCAGUAAAGUCUCCAGAUGGCAACUGCAGUGAUCUUCUUGUCACUACUAAGCACGGUUUGACCUUACUGAGGGGACAAGACCUGGAGCCACGCUGGAAUCUACAGCAGCCGGACAUUGACAGCCAGCCCGCUCCAGGCUACUUCAGUGAUGAUCAAACCCUGGACUUCAUGCUUCAAGCACAGAAUGGAAACAAUAUCACAAAAAAGUUGCUGGUGGUGGAUGGUAAGUCUGGCCUCCCCAUCUGGAGCUAUGAGCUGCCGUGUCACAUGAAAAGAUCAGAUGCACUGUCAGUGAUGACUCUGGACAAAAAAUCCAUCUUUCUCUUCUGGGCUAAUGAAAAGCAAUCUCUCCUAAAAAGCUUGGAGCCCAGCCCAAGAGUCCACCAUCUUUAUCUCCUCCAUCCCACUUUCCCUACAGUCCUGUUGGACUUGAGUAAUACAACAGGCACAGUGACUGCUUCAUCCAUUGGCAUCAAUGAUGUUCAAAAAGAUGCAUUUUACAUCACCGUGACCACGAGCCCUACUUCUGAACACCAGCCCGGGUUUCUGUCAGUCAGCAAACUGCGCCUGAGGUGGGCCUUAAUGACUCAGAGCCGAGAGGUGCCCCUGAAGGAGGCAGAUCCCAAAAUCAAUCGUGGGGAAUUGAGGCGCUUUCUUUCCAGGAUCAAAUUUAUCGAUUCUGCUCACAAGUUCUAGCCAUGGAACUCCUCAGGUUUUCUGAGCAACGCAACAAAAAUGUGGUCCUCAGUAGCAGCAGCAGGCCCCAAGUGGACCAGCCAGGCUUCAUGAUGCAUUCAGUAAGUGAUGAAUGGGGACUGAGAACCAGGUUGCCACUCACUCACCUUUGGGAACAGCGGCAGGAAGCUGGUGACCCUCAGGCAUCCUGACUUGCAGGAACAUUCCUUGACCCUUUCAUUGCUACUCCCUGCCUGUAUACUUCCUUCCAGGUGGAUCGAAUAUGUCCAUCAAUGCAGAGACACUGGUGUACGUGUCUCUCUCUGCGCCUGCGUGUGUGUGUAUAUAACAAAUAUAUAUAUAUAUUGUAUUUUUUAUUUAUGAUGUAUUUUCAAGAAAGCUCCCACUUGUAUCUUAGAAGCAUUUCCACCUACUCUGCUUUUUGCUAAGUGUGCCCUUGGUUUGCGACUUCUGUCUUUUGGGUUCCUUUAGCUACCUCCUUCAUUUUGAGGCCACCGUAGUGCCCCAUUCAGUUCUUCCUUCCCCCACCUCCCAACCCUUGACCAAGGCUGAAUGGCAUUAUGUACCUUAGUGCUAAACUAUGGCGUAUGCUUAUUCAGAGCCAGACUGGAGUUGGUGCUGUUGAGCUGAAAGGCUGUGCUCUGCUCUCUUCUCCACAUGCUGGAACCGGCUGUCCAAGGCUCUGCCAUCGUUUCAUACAACCAAUGGAUCAGAACGUAUUCACCGCAAUGCUCUUGUAUUUUGCCUGUGUUAUUUAUAUUCCCUGUGCGAUGACAAAUAAGCAGUGUCUGAAAAAUUCUGUGGUUUUGCCAUGUUCUGUCUUUUGAUGCAACACUUCUGUCGUCACCACAAAGAUCUGAAACUAGCACCCGACUCUGCCUCUAGCAAAAGCAGGCAAAGGAUUGUGACCAGGGCACUGGUGCAUUUUCCCUAGUUACAGUUUUGACUUUUAGAGGCUACUGCCGGCUAGAUGAUAGAAAAAGCAUCCCAUAGGGGCAUGUCACACUUACCAGAGGGAUCUGUGUUACUUACAUUCUCCUCCCCCAGCAUGAAUUUGUUUAGAUCAAUGGUCUUCACUGUUUUUCAAGCAGGAGCCACUGCAGCUCCAGGCAUCGCCACCCAGGGAAAUUUGAGAGGGCUGUUUCUGGGCCACAGAGGAGGGGCUGCCUCUCUUCUUCCCCUCUGGCCAGAGCUGGAGGUCUUUUUGAGUCUCUCCUCCCCAUUCCCUUCAUGCUACCCAAGCAAGGCCUCACCUGUCAGUUACCAGGCAGGCGAAUUCUGACUGGUUCACUCAUUCCUUAGAUUGGGAUGGCUUGUUUUCUCAUGCCCUGCCUACUCAGUGCUGUGAAAUUUCCCAGCACAGCUCGACAUUGCACUCUCUCUUGCCUGCACAUUCAAUUUCCCUUUCACCUCCAGCACCUGUGCAGUGCACUACUAUAGCUAUCCAAUCACAUUGCUCUUUGCCCCUUGCUCCCCCCAAUUAAUUGGUUGAUUGUGCUCUCCUCUCCCCAUACACCACCUUACAGCUGACGAGUGGCAGGGCUCCUUGACUCCCCACACUCCAAAGCCUCCUGUGAGAGCCCAGAUCAUGGUAGCCAGCUUACCACUAAAGCAAAGUUAGGAAGCCCCUGCUGAGAAUGAGCAGCUACUGCAAAAAGAGAGGGAGAGAGAGGUGUAGGGCUGCACUUGGGAGCUGCCAGUGGUUCUCAGGCCUUGCAGCGAAGAACACAGGUUUAGAUAAUUUUUCUUUACCAUGUUGACUGGACUGUAUCCAGCUCCAUCUAAAACAACAUUUUCAUCUGAGAAUGUGUCCUGUGUCCUAUCUUCUGAUUGGAGUAGAAUCCCUGACUGCACUGUGCUUUGUCAUGUGUGAAAUAAAGCCAACAGUGUUAUUGGGGUCAUUUGUAAACUGCUUAUUAUGUGCCGCAUAUACAGCCAUUUUGGACAAGUUGCAAUGCUGAUGUUAACACCUGUCAGCAAUAUAUAAAAGACAAAGUACCAUUGUAAUUCUUACCAGAAUCCAUCACUACUGUGAUCCAUGGAAGAGUGGAUGAGUGACCAAAGGUACUCAAGGAAAUAGCACGAUGUAUCCAGUCAUCAUUGCUGUUAUACAACUUCUGGGAUUAACUCUUCAAACAGAGCAUGAAUUGAAUCUUUUGACUGUUGCUGGUAAUAUUCUGUCACAGAUAACUUACCCUUUGAAGUGUGUGUGUGUGUAUUUAAAAACCAAACAAACUAAUUCUGACAAAAGAUGCCAUUAGUGCUCUUUCAUAAGAAGAGCCCAACUGGAUAAGAACAAAGGCCUGUUCUUCCCACAGUGGUCAACCAGAUGCCUCUGGGAAGCCUGUAAACAGGACAUGUUGUUUCCUAGCAACUGGUAGUCAUACUGCCUCUGAUCCCGGAGGUAGUAUGUAGCUAUCAUGAUUAUAAACCAUUGUUAGUGUUAUCCUCCUUGAAUGGGUCUAAUCAAUUCAUUUUUGCUUUUACUAUCCGGAAUAAUUUGGUGUCAUCAGAAAACUUGGCCACUUCAGUGUUCACUCCUAACUCCAUAUCAUGUAUGAACAAGUUAAAACACACCGUUCCCAAUGCAGAUCCUUGGAGGACUCCACUCCUCACAUCCUUCCAUUGUGAGAACUCUCUGCUUAUUUCUGUGGAACAGGGCUAGUGCCAUGAUAACGGAAAGGGGGCAGUCACUCCUGCUGCUCCACUGAAAUACUAAUUUGUACAUAGCCAUAUUCUGUCCGGUAUAACUGUCUCAUCAUCAUUAGCUUUUAUCUUCAGAGCAAUGCCAGAGGCAGGGCUUCACCACACCGUUUCCUCUUUUUCUUGAACCCUUUGAAGAAUGGGUAUAUCUGGGAAGGGUGUUUUGGGUCAAUAGCUUAGUAAAUACUAGCAAUUCUUCUAGCACUUGUCUCCCCCACUACCAUCUCCUAAGUCUGGCCUUUUAAAUAUAUAUAUAUAUAUAUAUAAAUAAAAGUAUUAGCUAAAGGCAUAGAAAUUGGUUCCUGGGUUUCUUCAGUAGGGAGAAACUCAGUGCUGCCUAGCUGGGAAAUUCUGUCAACUACCUGAAAUGACAGUGUGUGCCCAGAGUUUUCUCCUACAAGUCAUAGACUUGAUUUGUAUUGUUUGGUAUCACUGGUCCCUCCAUAAUGUGAAUUCUUUCUCUGUUUCCUGUGCGCACUUUAAAUAAAGAGCUUGUCUGUAUAUUGUUUGAACUGUGAACCAUAAUGGAACAAAUAAA